AUGGCCGUCGACCAAGGCACCCAAACAGGCAUCGUCCUAACAACCUCCCUCGCCGCCUUUAUCUCCGGCUGGCUCUUUGGCGUCUUCACAACCCGUGGCUAUCUCAUCUCGCCCGCCCUCGCCGAAGAACGCCGCCGCAACCUGCACGACCCCGUUGAAAGCGACGAGAGCGACAUUGACGAAGACGACACCAUACUUGACCAUGCGCCGAACUGGGCUAAUGGCGAGGCAGCCGACCGCAAGCAAGGACUAAGGGCAAGAGCCCGCGUGGGAGGUGUCAUUGAGCGCAAGGCGCUGGAUGACGAUCCGAAUGAGGAGUGUAAGCUCGUUUUGGUAGUGAGAACCGACUUGGGAAUGACCAAAGGCAAAAUCGCCGCUCAGUGCUCCCACGCCACACUCGCCUGCUAUAAAGCCCUUGCCCGUUCAGCCUCCGACAGCGCCGAGCGCAAACUCCUCCAACGGUGGGAAAAGCGCGGCCAGGCCAAGAUCGCGGUGCAAGUUAAGAGCGAGGCGGAGCUGAUGGAUCUGCGGUGGAAGGCUCUCGACCUGGGUGUUACGGCGGAGGUCAUACAGGAUGCGGGGAGGACACAGAUUGAUCCUGGAAGUUUAACUGUGCUGGGCAUCGGGCCAGCGCCGAAGAGUACGGUGGACAAGAUUACAGGCCAUUUGAAGUUGUUGUAA